GCGGGGGCCAACAUCAACGCCACGGACAAGCUGCGUCGCACCCCCUUGAUGGAGGCGGUGGCCAACAACCACGUGGAGACGGCGCGGUACAUGGUGCGCCGGGGGGGCUGUGUGUAUAGCAAGGAAGAAGAUGGCUCCACCUGCCUCCACCACGCGGCCAAGAACGGCAACUUGGAGAUGGUGGAUCUUCUCUUGGCCACGGGGCAAGUGGACGUCAACGCCCAGGACAACGGGGGUUGGACCCCCAUCAUCUGGGCGGCCGAACACAAACACAUCGAGGUCAUUCGCCGCCUCCUCACCCGCGGCGCCGACGUCACCCUCACCGACAAUGUGAGUUUCGAGGCGCCCCCUAUAUCCCGGGCUGCCCCACGGGGCGGUUUCGGGGCUCCCCCGG